AUGUUCCGUCACUUUGUCUACCGAGGAACAAUACUUGGUACUUCCAGCAGUCCAUUUUCUUCCAGGUGGUACAAGAACUUAGCGUCAUGGCGGCCAUUACACCUGCAGGUUGGAGAUGCCGCCGAGCUCUUCAGGACCUUCACUCAAAAGGACGUCAUUCUGUUCUCUGAACUUACCGGGGAUACAAACCCACUGCACCUGGAUGAGAAAUUUGCUAAGGACACAAGAUUUGGGAAGCCUGUUGUUCAUGGUGUUCUCCUUAACGGCCUUGUGUCUGCAGUCUUGGGCACUAAACUACCAGGAGAAGGCUGUGUGCUUCUCUCCCAGGACAUCCGCUUUCCAGCUCCACUUCAUGCUGGGGAGGAGGUUGUAGCAAGAGCCCAGGUUAAGACUUUGAAGAAAUCCUUGGCUUUUAUUAGUGUGUCUUGUGUUGCAACACAAAGUGGGAGGACUGUAAUGGAGGGGACUGUAAAAGUUCUUGUUCCUGAAGAUUGA